AUGAGUUUGGUGGGGGGCUUCCCCCACCACCCCGUGGUGCACCAUGAGGGCUACCCCUUCGCCGCCGCCGCAGCCGCCGCCGCCGCCAGCCGCUGCGGCCACGAGGAGAAUCCCUACUUCCACGGCUGGCUCAUCAGCAGCCACCCGGAGAUGUCGCCCCCCGACUACAGCAUGGCCCUGUCCUACAGCCCCGAGUACGCCAGCGGCGCGCCGGGCAUCGACCACUCCCACUACGGCGGGGGGCCGCCGGGCAGCGGGCCGCCCGGGCUCGGGGGGCCGCGGCCGGUGAAGCGCCGGGGCACGGCUAACCGCAAGGAGAGGCGCAGGACUCAGAGCAUCAACAGCGCCUUCGCCGAGCUGCGGGAGUGCAUCCCCAAUGUGCCCGCCGACACCAAGCUGUCCAAGAUCAAAACCCUCCGCCUGGCCACCAGCUACAUCGCCUACCUCAUGGACCUGCUAGCCAAGGACGAUCAGAACGGGGAGGCGGAGGCCUUCAAGGCAGAGAUCAAGAAGACAGACGUGAAGGAGGAGAAGAGGAAGAAAGAGCUGAAUGAAAUAUUGAAAAGCACAGUUAGCAGCAACGAUAAGAAAACCAAAGGGAGGACUGGCUGGCCGCAACAUGUCUGGGCUUUGGAGCUCAAGCAAUGAGCGCUGCAAGACUGAAGAACUCAAGGAAGUCUCCUAGACUCAUUAGAGAGAUUUGAUCUGAGGACUUUUUGUAUUUGGAAUCAUCCAGUUUAUUUAUGUGCAAUUUCUCCCCCACCCCCCAAAAUGUGGAUAUUCGAAGAAAAGCAUUCCAUAUUUUAAUACGAAGAGGAAACUCCAGCUUGGUAAGGGGUAAUGUCGUCUCAAUAGUUUCGUGAAUGUUAUUUCUCUGUUUGUAUAGAACACACGGGGAAAAAUAGAAAAGAAAGGGGGGAAAAGACUCCCUGGCAUUAGUGUGUAUGUGAAGUGUAUCUUUAAUACUUGGCCUUUUGGAUAUAAAUAUUCAUGGGAUUAUAAAAUUAUAUUUCAACAGAAACAGUUGCACCAAUGUUUCAGUUGGCUUGGUAUUUACUAUGGUAAUUUUGUUGUGGUCGUUCAGUAUUUGAAAAUGUUUUCAGCAGCUAUUUGUUAUGUGCACUUCCGUCCUUAAGGGAGGAAAAAGUGGAGUUUAAUUAAUAUUGA